AUGCUGGACGAGCCAUUCAAAUGGAUAUUGCGCUCGAGCGUGACCGACAGCAGACACAUCCGGCAACAGAACAGACCGGCGCCAUGUGUAACUCGGAAGGAAGGCUCACCCGAUGCCAGUACCAAAGUACACCAUGGCCCGGAGGUCUCGAUGGGCAUCCACUGGCAAGCGCUGCCGCUGUUAUCACAGUCCUAUCACGCGUGUGCCACGCGUCGUCUGGUAUUCGCAUUCGCCGACGCCGAGAGCCAUGAUGGCAGAGCGAAGCUGCUCUGUGUGAUGACCCACCGCAUUCUGCAUCUGGAGGCAUCGCCGGAUCUCGAUGCCACGGCCGUUCCCUUUCCUCUGCUUGCGCCGAAUGGCGCCCCAUUGCGCGUGGCUGUGGGUAGCAAGGAGAAGCCACAUGCAGCCGAAAACAAGGAAGACGGAGGAGACAACGAAGACAACGAAGACAACGAAGACAAGCAAAUGCAAGCUCUCCCUCAAGCUCACGUCUAA